AUGGCGGGCGGCUUUCCGCUACAAAAGUGGGCGGCAAACAAAGCCGCGAUACUCAAGGACGUGCCAACAGAGCACAGGCAAGUGAAGGACUUCGACCUCUGGGAUCAGAACGCCAGUCACGCCACUCUAGGCGUGCAAUGGCACCCACAGGAUGACACCUUCGGCUUCAAGGUCCGGCCGGUGGAAACCACAAGCAUCACGAAGCGAACAGCCUUCUCACACACAGCUCGACUGUUCGAUCCACUCGGCUGGUUGGCCCCAGCAAUUAUCCUAGUCAAAAUGCUAAUCCAGACUGCCUGGUUGCAACAUCUCGAUUGGGACGAGCUUCUCCCCCCUCGAGAUCAACAGGACUGGCAACAACUCCUACGCGAACUGCCGAUGGUCGAAGCAAAGCGGAUCCCGAGAUGGCUGCACACGGGCAGCUCCAGCUCUCGUCUGGAAAUCCAUGCUUUGCAGACGCAUCGGAGAGAGCGUAUGCGGCGGUCAUACCUAAAAGCGAGCACUGACGGCGGGCGGAGCGUGGUCACUCUCCUCACCGCCAAGAGCAAGGUCGCGCCCGUCAAACGGGUCACCUUGCCACGCCUCGAGCUCAGCUCUGCAGCCAUGCUGACUAGGCUAGCGGCGAGAGCGCAGGAAACACUGAAGCUCGUGGUGUCGCAAAUUCAUUUAUACUCGGACUCCGAAGUGACGCUGGCAUGGAUUCGGGGGCACCCCUCUCGCUGGACAACAUACGUCGCCAACCGGGUGGCGGAGAUACAGCAGCUGCUACCGGAGGCAGCAUGGCAUCACGUGCCAAGCCGGGACAACCCCGCGGACUGCGCCUCACGUGGAAUGCAACCCAGUGAGCUGGUGGAAUUCGGGCUGUGGUGGCAAGGGCCAUCGUGGCUGACGGAGAACUCACCACCCCCACUACGGACCUCGCCGCGCCUGGCAGAGGACGAGGUUCCCGAGAGGCGGGCACACAUUAACACAGUGACCAUAAAGCCACCCGAAUCGGAUAUGCUGCUUCGAUUUUCAACGCUGCGACGCCUGCUACGCGUCUCAGCAUGGUGCCGACGCUGGUUACGGGCGAUCCAAGCCCGACAAUUCUCUGUUUCAGGCACAUCACUGACUCCGCAGAAACUGGAAGGCGCCCUGGGGACCUGGAUACGAGAGGCCCAAGCAGCCUGGUUCUCGGAAGAAAUCAAAGCCCUCGACCGUGACAAGCAGCUUCCGAGGCGGAGCGCAUUGCAACGCCUCAGCCCAUUUCUCGAUCAUGACCACGUCCUUAGAGUGGGAAGACGACUGAAGCACGCGAUCUUAAGCAACGAUGAGCGACAUCCGGCCAUUCUUCCUCGAGAUUCGUGGCUCACAACGUUGAUCAUUCACGACCAGCAUAGGCUCCAUGGAGGCGUUCAGUUAACCCUCGCCUCUCUCCGACAGAGAUUUUGGAUCCCAGGAGGGAGAGCACGAGUACGACAAUGCAUCCACCAAUGCAUCACAUGUGUGCGCUGGCGGGCGAAAAGCCCACAGCAGCUAAUGGCGGACCUGCCGCCGCCCAGAGUGAACAUAGCAAGAGCGUUCACUCACACAGGCGUGGACUACGCCGGGCCGAUUGCGCUGCGCACGACCAGAGAACGAGGACACAAAACUUACAAGGGGUUCCUCGCCAUAUUUGUGUGCAUGAGCACGAGAGCAGUGCAUCUCGAAGCCGUGUCCGACCUGACCACAGAUGCCCUUUUGGCCGCCUUUCGCCGCUUCACAUCAAGACGAGGCCUCUGUGAGGUCUUGUACAGCGACUGA